CAUCUCACGACGUUUUCUCGUUCCUUCGCUCUUCCUCCAAGCUCAGGGCUUCACGUCUGUACACGAGGUCUCACCAGUAACGUCUAGCAAUGGGCUUUGGUGAUCUUAAAACACCCGCUGGACUCAAAGUUCUGAAUGAGUUUCUGACAGACAAAAGUUACAUCGAAGGGUAUGUGCCCUCUCAGGCUGAUAUUGCAGUGUUUGAUGCCCUGUCUGGUGCCCCCUCUGCUGACCUCUGCCAUGCUUUGCGGUGGUACAACCACAUCAAGUCUUACCAGAAGGAGAAGGGCAGUCUUCCAGGUGUGAAGAAGCCUCUCGGUCAGUAUGGCCCCACUGGUGUAGAGGACACAACUGCAGCAGCUCCUGCGGCGGCUGAUGAAGAUGACGAUGACAUCGAUCUGUUCGGUUCUGAUGAGGAAGAGGAUGAGGAAGCCACAAAGCUCAAGGAGGAGAGGCUUGCAGCAUACAACGCAAAGAAGGCAAAGAAGCCUGCACUUAUCGCCAAGUCUUCCAUUCUGCUGGAUGUCAAGCCCUGGGAUGAUGAAACCGACAUGGCCAAGCUUGAGGAGUGUGUCCGCAGCAUUCAAUUAGAUGGUUUACUUUGGGGACAGUCUAAACUAUUGCCUGUCGGCUAUGGCAUCAAGAAGCUGCAGAUUGCCUGUGUUGUGGAAGAUGAUAAAGUUGGAACAGACCAGCUGGAGGAACUGAUCACAGCCUUUGAGGACUAUGUGCAGUCCAUGGAUGUGGCAGCCUUCAACAAGAUCUAAAACCCCACAGAACAAAGCAUUAUCCCAAUAAAAGCACUUCAAAUGCA